AUUUCCGCCAUUCCGCCACAUCGGUUUGUUGAGAAAGAUCAAAUAUUUAGAAGCGGUAGAUUUGUUGUGUCAUAUUAGCCAUAUGGUAUUAAUUUCGCGAUUUUAGCUGUUAAAAUAUUAUAAAAUAGUUAUUUUUUUGGAAUAUACGUCGAUUUAUCCCAAAAUAUAUUCAGAUUUAUGUAUUAUUAAGUAGAUUAGUUUAUACAAAGAAUGAUAGGGCGUUGUCCCCAUAAGCAUCAUUAUUUUAGAAGCUGAGACGUGUUUUAAUCGUGCAUUAUGUUCUUUCUAAUGAACUAUAAAAUUAAAUACUUAUAAAAGAGACUAUAUUUUUAGUGCUACUACCAAAUUUCAGGAUUUUUGAAAAUGCCCCGCAUAGAUCCGGUGCAGUUAUUGAAAUGCCUCUCGGUACUUCUAACCCCAGAGGGAGGAAUGAAAGCAGAAGAGGUCACCCGUUUAGUGGGACUAAUGACAAAAUUUUCAAAGAAGUUAGUGAGCAAAUGUAUAUACAUACUGAUUUUAAAGAACACAAAAACGGAACUGCUAGAUACGUUUAUGGCCGAGGGCGGUUGGACCCUCAUACAGACGUGGCUGCAAGAUGCAGUCCACACGAGCAAUCGGCAUUUGGUUAAAGAAAUCAUAGGAUUGCUACUGAUCACACCAGUGGAUGUUGAGAGAUUGAAAACAAAUAUUCUUCCCAAAUUAAUAAAAAGUUUAUCAAGAAGGGAUGAUUUAGAAGAUGUUGCUGAAUUAUCUUCUGAAUUAGUCAAACACUGGCUUGUAAUUGUCAAAGGUUCAAGUAAUAAUGCACAAGGGCAACCGCAGGCCGAGAAAAUGGACCUUUCUGAAGCCGACAACACAAAUAACAGUGUUAAAGACAAUAGUACAGAUAGAAUAAGUCCAAAUACGUUUUAUAAAAAAGAUGGACAAACUAGCCCUACAAAAGAAGGGGCAGACGACAGUAGUAAGGAAGAUGUAGAAAUGAAAGAUGUAUCAAAAGAAAAAUCCAAAAAUAAAGAUGAAAAACUUGACAAGGAAGACAAAGCUAAAUCCAGUUCUAGAAGUUCAAGAAGUACAAGUAGUAGUAAGGACAAGGAAAAAAGUAGAGAUAAAGAUAAAUAUCGUGACAAAGAAAGAAGUAAAAGUAGUAGUUCUUCGUCUAAAAGUAGUUCAAGUAAGAGCAAAAGUAGUAGUUCGUCAAGUCGAGAUAAAGAUAGGAGGGAUCGAGACAGAGAACGGGAAAAGGAGAAAAGUAGGAGAGAAAAAAGUAGAGAUAAGGAUAAGAGUAAAGAUAAAGAGAGGGAUAAACAAAGAAACAAUGGUGUGAUCAAAAGUAAUUCUAGUAAUAAGGACAGUAGUAGGGAAAAGAAAGAAGAGAAAAAGGAUAAAGAUAAAUCUGAAUCAGAUAUUUUCAAUCUGGUAAAAACGCCUUCUAUUGAUAAACUUGGCAGGAUUCCCAAAAAAUCAAAUUCUGCCUCUGUCGACUCUAAACCUAAAGACGAUAGGGACGCCAAUGAAGUUAAAAAGAAGUCCUUCUCUGUCGGUAUUAAAAAGGAUGCAACUCCCGAAGAGAGACCGAAGACAGUGAAAGUAUUCAAUUCAAAGAUGAGAUCGACGGGUUUGGAAGAAGAAGUGAAGCCGGCGCCAUCUCGAGUAGCAGUUAAGAAGCCCACGACUCUAGCUACAUUGCCGCCAAUCCCCCUGAAGAGAAGUUCCCCGCCGAGGGACAUCAGAGAACCCAGCAUCCCCCCAGAGAAGAAGAUCAAAAUGGACAAAGUCGACAUUCCCGAUCGACCGGGUGCUAUUAAACUUAUUCCACCUAAACCGAAACCAAUCCUCCAAGAAAGCGACCUCUUCAGCGACGCCCUCACUGCUGCGACGUCGAAAAAAGAACCGAAAAAGAGAAGACGCAGAUUGAGUAGUUCAAAGGAAACGCCCACGUCACCAACUACAUCUCCACAAGAGGAUCCGCUCUUAACUCCAACAACUGCUGCACCACCAUCGGCACCUGCACCCGUAACAACUGAAGUUCCUGCAGAAUCGCCUCUUGGUCUGAAGAAUAUUGCCCCCAUCAAUUUCUAUCAAGAUACGUUAUCGGAGGAAGUUGAAGAGACUCCAGAAGAAAAUAAAGAAAAUAGUACAGAAGAAGAGAUAACUAAUUUAAAUGAAGAAGAAGUUGUUUCAGAAUCUGAAAAUAAAGAAAAUGAGAUACGAUCUCCAAGGGCUGUUACACCCACCGAAGACGAUCCUGAAGAAUUGAAAAGAAUAAAUGCUGAGGGACUGCCCAAAGGUGUAUUAUUGCAUUCUAAACGAAAGGGUCCGAAAAAGACAAUUUCUUGGAAAAAUGACACCGACUUGGUCGAAAUCCGUUAUUUCGAGUUGGACGAAACAGAGCGAGUUAACGUUACCAAAGCCUUCAACGAUAUGGCAAAAAUGGAAUACUCCAACGAAAGAGAAGCACUACAACUUUCCAGAAAAGUCGGCGGUGAAGAUUUAAUGUCAGUUCAAAUAGUGUGGAGAAUACCAUUUGAAAUAGAUUUACCUGAUCCUUUAGCUCCACCCGGUAGUAAAAGUUUGGAAAAGGACAUUCAGUUUGCUCGCGAAAAAAGUGUUCUUCAAGCCUUAUACUUUGAUAGACGGAAAAUUCCUGAUAGCCCCGAGGAACCCGUUCCUGAAAACCACCAAAUUGUUGAUCCAAUAAUCAUAGCCCUCGAGGAUCCCGACGGACAGGAAAUAGACCUCAAAACCACCCCUUGGCCUGAACCAAAAGGUCUACCCCCUACACCGGAACCUCAGAUACCUAUAGUAUAUCCUAAUAUGCAGCCUCAAUUCAAUCCCCAGUUUAAUAAUAUGAACCCUUCCAAUUUCAUGGCUCCUAGAUUUUCAGCUCCCAACGGUCCUAUGGUACCACAGAUACCAAAUAAUUUCAUCCCCAAUAAUAUGAUGCCUACUAAUAAUAUGCUGGGCAUUGGCGCUCACAAUUUAUUACAACCUAAUGAUAUGAUGAUGGGUCCGAUGAAUCCAAAUAUGUUCCAACCUGGUCCCAUGGCAGACGGAUUUGGACCUGGGCCAGAGCCCGAUUAUCCUCCCAUGUACGGAAAUCCCAAUGGACCAGCUAGUAAAAAUAUGAAUUCGUUUCCUCCCAAAAACUUUAGAGAUAUUAGAGGUGAUAUUAGAGGAGAUAUUAGAGGUGAUAUUAGAGGAGAUAUUAGAGGUGAUAUUAGAGGAGAUAUUAGAGGUGAUAUUAGAGGAGAUAUUAGGGAUAGCCGGAAUAAUAACCGAGGUUCUGGUGGUUUUCGUCGUGGUAGAGGAGGUAACAAUGAUGGAGGUUGGGUUAGUAUGAGCGAUAGUCGUGGUCGUGGCAGUAAUUGGCGACGAGGAGGAAGAGGUGGAAGACUUUGCAAACACAUUCAAAAUCACGGUUACUGUCGAAACGGCGACAAAUGUGCAUUCAUCCAUCCUUAAUGCCUCUAAACAGGCAACUACAGCAACUCCAGUGUGAUAUUUUUGAGUGUGGAACACUUAAAAUUUUCAAAUUUUAAAUUGUUGAUAUGGAUGUAAGUACAUCCGUGAUGUCUAAUUUAUUGAAUUGUGAUACUGUGUCCUAUGGACAUACCUACUAUUUGUAAAUAUCUUGUUGAAUGAACUGAUAUGAUAGUCUUGUACAUUUUGUAAAUAUGAAAGAACAAUAAGUUUUUUACUUUUUUCAAGAAUUUAUAAAUAAAGUCUUCAAUUGUUAUUA